CGGGCGGUCCGGGACGCUGCGCGGCGAUGCCUCCGGCCGCCAGGUGGCGCAGUGAUGCGGGCGGUCCGGGACGCUGCGCGGCGGGUCGCGGAGGAGGCGCGCGAACUGUACUUGAACAAUUCGGUACCUUACUUGGAGCAGCCUCCUACCCCAUUGGAAUUCCAGCGAAGUUGGCUAUGUCCCAACAAGCCCUUCAUAGUGCAAAAUGCCAUCAGUCACUGGCCAGCCAUCUCCAAAUGGACAUUCUCCUACCUCAGAGAAAGGGUUGGAGAGCAGAGAGUGAGUGUGGCAGUGACUCCCAAUGGCUAUGCGGAUGCUGUGUACCAGGACCGAUUCGUCAUGCCUGAGGAACGGCAGAUGCUGUUCAGGGAAUUCCUGGACAUUGUUGAGAGGAAGCAGGCACCUCAUGGCGUGUUCUACAUACAGAAGCAAUGCUCAAAUCUGACUGAGGAAUUCCCUGAGCUCCUGAAGGAUGUAGAAUCCCACAUCCCGUGGAUGACAGAGGCACUGGGAAAGAGCCCUGACGCAGUAAAUUUCUGGCUGGGGGAAUCAGCUGCGGUGACCUCAUUGCAUAAAGAUCACUAUGAGAACCUGUACUGUGUGAUUUCGGGAGAGAAGCAUUUUAUCCUCCUUCCGCCCACUGACAGACCCUUUAUCCCCUACGAACUCUUCCAACCUGCAACAUACAAGGUUAAUGAAGAUGGUUCCUUCGAUGUGAUAGAUGUGCAGAACGCAGAGAAGGUACCUUGGAUUCCUCUAGACCCUCUGGAUCCUGACCUCAGUCGUUUCCCUGAGUAUGCCCAUGCAAAACCUCUCCAUUGCACAGUGAGAGCAGGCGAGAUGCUGUAUCUCCCCUCGUUGUGGUUUCACCAUGUUUGCCAAUCACAUGGCUGUAUUGCAGUGAACUUCUGGUAUGACAUGGAGUAUGACAUCAAGUACAAUUAUUUCCAGUUCCUGGACUCAGUAACAAAAAUGAUGAAUGCAGUGUAACCUUCCCAGGAUUCAGCCAAGAUUGAGUGAACUGCACCAUGGGCUUCUGUCAGAUAUGGGCUAGCUUCUUCGCUGUGUUCCAGAUGAGUCACCAAGCAGCCAAUAUCAAAUUAAAUAUUUGUAUUCACUUUGGAGAGAGUAAUUGUUAAUAGGAGGAAAUCAGUGUUACAAAUGCACUUUCCAUCACAUCUGCAGAACUCACGUCUUAGCACAUCAGAAGCUUGAAGAUUUUGUACUCUGGUUAUGGGUGGGUAAAUAUGCUGACAUUCUGUGAGCAAAUGUGGUGCUCCCCAAGUGAAGAUCUUUCCAGUGAUUCUCAAGAUUGUGCAUACCAUAUUCAUUGCUUGAAGAAAAUUGACAGUUUUAUAUAACUACUUCAUUGAGAUUAGUGAGACAGUGUCUUGAAUGUACUAUUCAAAGCUGGCUCCAUGUGAAUUGCAAAACUCCUGUUAAGAUGAUGAUCAAUUUAAUGGUUAGAAUAACGCAGUCGCACAAUAUCCUGACUGAAUCAAGCAACCUAUUUAUUCAAUGUAAUUAAGGACAGUUUUUCUUUCUACCUCAUCAAUUUCAGUGGAGGAUUGACAACGAGAAACAAUGGAAUACCAAUUACAUUUUGCAGGAGAAGAUGAUGGGUGCAGUCUUCUGGAAUGACCUGCCUAUUUCUGUUUUUCAAUGUGUAUCCUGUCUGUCAAUAUAUUAAAAUCUGAAUAUAGGUUGUCAUUUACAA